AUGGACGCAGCAUGUCAUUUAAUGUCGGCUGUCAUUCAAGGUUAUGCGGAGCUGAUUUCAACGGAAUGGUUGGUAGGGAUUCUACUCCUCAUUAGCAUGACAUUGCAGCUUGUAUUGGUUGUUCUUGGUGCGCACAGAUAUCAUAGUUCAAGAGGAAUUUUACGGUUAAUGGUGUGGGGAGCUUACAUUGGUGCGGAUACUGUGGCUAUAACUGCAUUAGGAAUUAUGAUGCAUAGCGGUCGGAGUGGGAUAUAUGGCAUAUGGGCACCAGUGUUAUUGCUGCAUUUGGGGGGCCCAGAUGCCAUAACUGCCUAUUCCACGGCAGAUAAUGAGCUAUGGUUGAGACAUGGAUUCAACAUGCUUUAUCAAGUUUCAGUGGCAGUCCGUGUUAUUAAAUCAUCAGCACUAGAAGGUUAUCCAUUGGUUUCUGCUAUUUUUCUGCUGAUUGCAGGAGCCACCAAGUAUGGAGAGAGAACGCUUGCUUUGUGGUUCGCUAGCUAUUCUCAAAUACUUAAGUCAUGUCUGCCAAUUUCGACUUACAUAAAGGAAAAAGAUGUUUUGAAAGAUCGUGGUUAUAAUGUUUUGCAAGAUCGUGGUUAUAUCAUUAUGGGAGAGAAGCAAGUGCAGAGAAUGAUCGAAAAGAAGUCUGAAGAAUCUUCAGUGGAAGGAAGCGGUAUAAAUGCAGGGCGAGAGGAGCCUUCACUGAAAGAAAGAGAUAAAGAAGCAAGGCGAGGUUCGCCUUCAUCGAAAGGAAGUGAUAUAGAAGUAGGGCGAGAGGCGCCUUCAUUGGAAGGAAGAGAAAAAGAAGUAGGGCUACAGGCGCUUUCACUAGAAGGAAGAGGGAUAGUAACCACUAAGGAUGUCGACAACGCUCGUUUACUGAGGUCAGCAACUAUUAAAAAUAGUAAUAUGAUUGAGGACUACAUUCUCUGUCUCUCCCAUGCGCUGUUCAAAAUGUAUAUGCGUAGGUUUGUAAGUUUGUAUUUUGAUGAAGGGGAUUGGCAGGAGACGAGAGCUUUCUGGUGUAAGAUCAAUGGAAAGCAAGCAUUCAGAAUUGUAGAGAAAGAAUUGAAAUUCAUGUACGAUGUUCUCUUCUCCAAAGGAAGUGGCACAGCGUUCGGUACAUAUGGGAUUGUAUUGCGGCUUCUCAACUGCGUUCUCAUGGGAGCGGCAGGAUUUCUGAUACUCAGAGAAAGAGAGGAAAGAAAAACACAGCGGACGGUGACAUACGUUGUGAUUUCAGUGGCGGUUGUGGUGGAGGUGUUUCAGUUCUGCCGAAUUAUGGCAUCAGACUGGACCAGGGUCCGCUUAAUUUGCGCUCGGGUUGACGAUAUUAAACAUCCCCUCUCAAAUAGAGCUGUGAAGUGGCUCAGAAUCAGUACAUUGAAGGUGAUAGAGAUUGCAGUGCUUGUGCUGGGCAAGGUUCAGAAACUGGUUGAAGGAGAUAGAUACUGGAGCAACGGAAUACACCAGCAUUGCCUCAUAGGGACUUGCCUGAACAGGUCUCGCUUCGUGAGGAAGAUGGCUAAAGUCUUACCGAAUGCAGAUAUUUAUUUUGCAAGCUGGCACACCGAUACAGUAUCUGUCCCAGAGAAUCUCAAAGACUUCAUUUUCGACAUCCUCAAACGGAUAUGUUCUCCGACGAAGGGUAUUGCAACAUGCAGAGAGGAAAUUUUCCUCUUUGAGGAGUAUAUAAUUGAAGAGGAAUCUGAAAUCAGGGAUGUCGUGUCGGCACAUGACAGUCUGGAGGAGGUCAUUCUGGUAUGGCACAUAGCUACCACAAUAUGCGACAGGCAUAGAAAACCGUCCGAAAUGAUCCAGAACGAGAAUGAGAAUGUGCAGUGGAGUAUAAUACUUUCGAGGUACUGUUCAUAUCUGCUAGUAUCACGCCCCCGCCUUUUGCCUGUCCACCCAGAUAUGGCAAGCAUUAAAUACACGAAACUUGUGGAUCAACUUAUGGCAAAGAAUUAUAUUCGCUGCAGUGACUCAACUGUACUAGGCUCCGGGAUAAAAGUAGCCCGCAAGCUGUUAGAAAAUGAAGAAGAGAAACGGUGGAAGCUAUUGGCGGAGUACUGGGCUGGAUUGUUCAUAUCCAUGGCGGCGUACAAUAAGGCAGCAUUUCAUGCAGAAUGCGUGGCUGGUGGAGGAGAAUUUCUAAGCCAAGUGUGGGUUUUACUGGGUCAUAUGGGAUGUGGAGAACAGUCCGACUCUGCCGUUAAAAAGAAGAUGGAGAGCUCAAAGGGACGCGUGCUUCAGGAUCAGGAGCGGGACAGGGCGCGGGCACGGCUCCCGCGCGUGCGUGGGGGGCGAGUGCCGUUUGAGAGGGAGCUGUUCGGGGUUCCGGGGAUUUAA